AUGAGGCAAUAUGUCAUGGAUGGCAACUUCACUGCUCAGCAUAUGAAAAUGAACAAGCCUGAGUUGGAUGUGUCAUUAGCAGAUGGAACUGGUUACAUGGUUGCUGAAAAGCCCUACCAGGCCCAUCUUGAGCAGUCUUUGGAUAACAAGGAGAGAUCCACCUGCAACAAUCACAGGGCAAUCAAUGCUGCUAAUAUUAACAAGUCCAAUCUCUGGUCCACUGGGAUUGGUGCCACAGCCUGUGCUUGGCAUGGUUGCUUUGUUCCCCAUUCUGUGGUGGACUUUCAGAAAGGGGAAAAGUACAUGAACACAGAUUACUCCAUCUGCAGUGCUCUUGAUUAUCAUUCAGAAAGCAUCACAAAGGCCCUUGUCAUUUAUGAUGUUGGGUGCCAGUGGAGUAUUAACUUCCAGAGUCAGGUAAAAUCCAGCUGCUCUCUCCAUCUCCCUCCCUCCCUGGAAAUCAUUCCUGCUGUGGGGAAGUUUCAUCUUGCUGCCCACAAACUCUCUUGCUUUCCAAGAUAUAGCCUCAACUUUAUCAAGGGUGCUGGUCAUCUGGAUGGUGAAAUUUUGGAGACAUUGUGGGCUCCAUUCAAUAAGAUCUCUCCCACUGCAAGGUCUAUGACUCAGGCCCACAGACAAGAAGUGUAUGAUGACCAUAUGAGAGAUUCUAACUGGAAAAAAAUUGUCAACAUGGUUCCUGCACUGUUGAAAAAAUACAAGACCUCACACAAGUGCCUAGAAGAAAUGAAUCAGGCAUAUGAGCAGUUGACAGCUGUUCUAGACCCUGGCCAACUUGCCCAAUGGGAGUCAGAUGUUCUUGAGGCAGAAGCAAAUUGA